GAACUGUAAAUUACCCCACAAUGCAUUUCACAAGACGGGCACCUGCACGAUUAAACCAAACUUUGUUUGUAUCUUAAUAGAAAACCACAAGUUUGAUGUCAAGAGAACAACUGAGCUAUUUCUUAAACUCCUAUGCCUCUCCUUGCCAAAAAAUUGUUUUGAAUUUUAAUUUGCAAGUAAAAUAACAGUUAUCAGAAGUUGAUUUGUUGAGUAACGAACGACGCCAACAUGGCCGUCUUACGACAGACGAAUACGAAGUUGGCACUAUAAUAGCAAGAACAUGCGUUGUCUACUGGUGACAACAUUGUCAUUAUGUACUCAUCUCAUUUAUAAUUCCAUGUUUGUUAAAUCUACGAACUGAGAACUAUUAUAUAUUAUAACAAGGACAUGAUUCUUCGUGAAUCACACAAAAUUGACAGGAAAACUAGUAUUGUUCAUAAUGUCUUUUAAACAAAAUAACACAAAAGAAAAGAAAAAAGCUCGAAUAUAUUGCAAUAGAUAUGAAACUAUUAAGCGACUUGGGAAAGGGAACUUUGGAACAGCUUUCUUAGUACGAGAUCGUCGACUGAAAACCAGAGUAGCUGAAGGAGAGUCAGAUUUGAAAGUUUUAAAGGAGAUAUCUGUAGGAGAGUUAGCACCUGAUGAAACAGUAGAUGCUGUGAGUGAAGCCAAAGUCUUGUCUAAAUUGAAUCACCCAGGGAUUGUUAAAUUCCAUGACAGUUUUAUAGAUGGAGAAUCAUUCUGUAUUGUAACAGAAUACUGUGAGGGUGGUGAUUUAGAUGCUAAGAUAAAUGAAUUAGCCAAGUCAAAAAAAAAUUUAGAAGAAAAAACAAUAUUAGAUUGGUUUGUUCAAUUAGUGUUAGCUGUGCAUUAUAUGCAUACAAGGAGAAUUCUACACAGAGAUCUCAAAUCAAGGAAUAUAUUUUUGAAAGGAAAUAUGGUAAAAAUAGGUGAUUUUGGUAUAUCUAAAAUCUUAAUGGGAACAGCUGACCUUGCCUCCACUUUUACAGGAACUCCAUAUUACAUGAGUCCUGAAGUUCUUAAACAUGAAGGGUACAAUUCUAAAUCUGAUGUUUGGUCAAUAGGUUGUAUACUAUAUGAGAUGUGUACUUUAUGUCAUGCCUUCGAUGGAAAGAGUUUGAUGGCUGUAAUGUACAAAAUUGUGGAGGGAGAGCCUCCUAAACUACCAGAUACGUAUUCCAGUGAAAUAAGCAGGGUAUUAAAUAUAAUGUUGCAGAGAGAUCCAGAGAAAAGACCAUCAGCAACAGAUUUAUUAAAAGAACCAUUAUUAGCCAAUCAUAUAGCUAAAAUGUCCCAGGAUUAUCAGUCUAGACAUACUGAUCAUGCUACUAAAGAUGCUGAAGAAAUUGCUAAAUUAUUGAAGCAAAAAUCAAGACUGAGAGAUUUACAAGAAAAGGAAGAAGAUCAAAAAUGGAAGAACUUGCCUCCAAGAGAAAGAAUGAGAAUAAGAAAACAACAACAAGCUGACCAGGAAGCAGAAAGAUUGAGGGAAUCUGCCAAAUUACAGCUCUCUGAAAAUAUUCAAAGAAAAAACCAGAUUCAGAAAACCUUACACAUGCAAUCAGUACCAGCAUGGGCUGGAGGUUCAGGUGAAGGAGAGAAAUUCAGAGAGGCAUUAACGGUUGUCCGUGAGGAUGACAAGACAAUAAAACCCAAUAAAAGUAAAGACUUUGGAACUAGAUCUGCACCAUUGUUUAUUCAGCAUGAAAUAACAGAAUCCAGUGAUGAAGAAGAAGAGACAAUCAAAUCUAAAACAUUAACUGGUGCCGAGAAACACCAUACUUUACUGAACUUUAAACCUGAAGACCGACCCAUUACACCAUUAAGAGACAAGAUGAUAUAUGAUCUGGCCAAUUCUUCUUUAGAUUUUAAAGAUGGUAUACCUGACAAUCCAGAAUUGGCUGAUACAUAUUAUUCUCAAUAUGAAGAUUUUGAUAAAUCAAGUUCUGACGACGAGAUGGAAACUGUUGUACACAGAAAUUCAGAACAGGGUACAAUUGUGCCUAACUCAGUGUCGACAUCUGUCGGAGAGGAAGGCCAGUUUUAUGAACUCUUAAAGGAUGUCCUUGAUAAAGGGGAUGAUGCAGAAUCAACCAUGACAUUUCAAGACGAUCAUGAUGCAGGAGCAUUUGGACCUGUAGUUAGAGAACAGAAAAUAAAAAAUCUCAGAGCUGAAUGUCAGAAAUAUCUUGGAGAAGAAGCAUUUGAAAAGGCAUACACCUACCUGAAGAAAGCAAGAUAUGAAAAGCAAAAUUCAUUGGAUUCAGCCGAAGAAGACAUUAUGCAAGGACUUAGAAAAUUUGUUAAAAAUCCCAGUGAUUGUUUCUUAGUGGACCAAUUGUUAUUUUUAGAAGAACAAGCAAAAAUAAGUAAAGGAUAAUUUAGAUUUUAUGUGUAUUAAUGGACCAAAUCAUUAUCAUAUUUAAUAUGAGGAUGUAAAAAAAAGUGGAAUGACUUGGUGGUAAAUAAGAGAUCUGAAUUAAUUGUAAAAGACGAAAAAACUGUGAUUGGUUUAAAAUGGUUGUGCAAAACUAUACUGCUGAUAUUUGUACAUUUCCAUGUUGGUGAUCUAUUUAUAGGAAUGAGGUAAUACAAUGAUGUCCGACACAAUUCUUGUAUGUUUUGUUGGAAUUAGAUUCCAAGAAUACCCUUGUAAAUUGUAUAGUAUUUAAGAUAGUUUACGUGGUACAACUUGUAAUGUACUAUAGAGGGCUUAUCAACAAUAAAUUUUACCUUUAAAAAAUAUUUAUUGUGCAGAAAGAAUAAAAAUGUUGUAAAAAGAGUGAGUAUUUGAUAGAAUUUCUAUUUUUGACACAAUCAUGACUGAAAAAAUGAAUAAGGAUUAGCCAUACAUUGCUGUUUAGAAAUUAAGGCAUUCAGAAAUUAGCAUUAUUCAUUAUAAUUGUAACUCCUACAUAUGCUGAGGUGAUUCUAUUCCAAUUUCAUUUGUAAUUGACAUUUUUCAUAAAGUAGAUUUAUUUGCAAUUUUGUCAUAUUUCCAUGUAGUUUUUAAAAUAUCAAAUUCGUUCAUUAAUUGGUUUUCAAAAAAAAUCGUUGGGGUUGGAGAUGUAGUGAACAUUAGUUAUCUCCCUUUGUCUAGCAAUGUGGCUGGAUAUGAAAACUGAAUGUAGUUCUAUAUUUUCUUUUUGAAAUGCACCUUAUAUGAAUAAAAAGGGCGAUGUGAGAUUUACGUGAACUGACAACAACCCACCAAUUAAAAAAAGAUAUGUUUAACAGAUCUUAACUCUAAUUAGACAAAAGAAAACAUAAAGAUAUAACUUAAUAUCACCCUUGACAAGGUUAAUUAGUUUUUAAGUAUCCAACCUUUUCCCAUUUCUAAGGAAAAGAAUCACAAUAAAUCAUGACUUGUUUUUUUUACUGGCAAAUUCUGAUAACCUUACAAUUUCUGGUGUAAAUAAUUGUGCUUGUAAUGGGGUAAAAUUUCAUGGAAUGACUUAUAUGAAGUGUGUAGCAAAUUAUUUGUAUAUGAUAACAUGUCUUGCCUCUCACUGAAGAAAUGGUUUGAGAUUUUUUCCUACCUCACCACCUAAUAAAGUCAGUUUAUUAAAUUGUUUGGAAAUAUUUUCCAAUUAUUUUAUGAUUUAUGUUGUGAAAUGAAACAUAGCACAUAAAUCCGUCCAAUUCCAAACAUUCCAACCAUAGCAUUAGAAUGAUACAUUUUUAUAGUAUUAAAAACAGCCCUUCCAUUUUGUAUUAUAAUUACUAACAUGUACAAAAUCACACCAAUCAAUGUUGUGAACAAGGAUAUAGAUUUGAUGUAUAAAUGUGAAUUGUUAAAACUGGUAGAUGAGUAUGGCUUAAACAUUAUAUUGUAUUACAUUUUCACAUUUAUUUACCUGUGGGACCAUUAUUAUUGUAAAAGUUUUUCACCAAGAAGAUUUUACAUAAUGGUUUAAAAUGUUUAACGAAAUGUCAUUUGAUACUGAUAUUAGGAUGUGGAAAAACUUCUUAAAGUUAUAUUGUGUAUAUCAACUGUUACUUUUACAGAGAAGUAUUUACAAUGAAUAUAUAAUUCAAGCAAGAAUUUUUAGAAAUUUUGACUUUGAAUAAAUGUGGACAGUAAUACAACCAAGUGUAAUGUCAUACAAUGUUAAGCUCCUACCUAGUUACGUUAAAUAACUUAUUAGUUUUAUAAUGUUGUUGAGAAUAUAUUUUUGUUACUUAUUGUUUUUUUUUUACAAGCAAUGUGUUUAAAAUAGUAUUUUUUAUUUAUGUAUAUAAUUUUCAUGAGUAUUUAUAUUUUUUGACGUUAGUUGUUCUCAAUCAAAGAACUUAUUUUGUGAUGAGUCUUUGAGUCGCUAGAUUUAUAUAUAAGUUGUUUGAAUGAGCUUGGUAGAGAUGCACUGCAAAUGGGUCACAAUGGAUUGUUUCCUUUUCACUCUGACAGGGGCGGAUCCAGCCAUUUAUAAAAGGGGGGGUUCCUAACCCAGGAUAAAGGGGGGGUUCCAACUAUAUGUCCCCAUUCAAAUGCAUUGAUCGUCCAAAAAAAGGGGGGUUCCAACCCCCGGAACCCCCCCGAUCCGCCACUGUGUGAUGAUGUUUCUACAGACUGUAAGGCAUGUUUCACUAGUUAUUUAUAUAAAUGACUCCAAUUCUAUCCAGAUUGUUUAUUUUAAAACUACAUAACAUAGAAAGAACAGCAAAACAGUCAGAUAGAAAAAACUUUCAAAAGUACAUCAAAAUCUAAUAGAUAAACCCCUUUCAAAAAUUGUAAGAUAAAAUGAUUAAAAUUCAUAAAGUGUUUUUCAUUUAUUCCAUUCAAAUUUAUUAAAGAUUUCUCCAAUAUGAUCUAAAAAAAAUCCCAGUAUUUCAUAUGAUCAUCAAUCAGUAUUGUAAUGCUUAGAGAUUUCAGAAAUAGAAAAGGGAUAUAUCUGCUGCGUCAGAAAAUCAGGGUAGUCUUUAGGUGUUGCACUCCUUUGUUUCUAAUUGUACAUUUCAUUUGACUGUCAACUUCAUAGUUUUAAAUACAGUAACUAACAACUGUUGUUCAUUGUUCGACAGUACAAGAUAUUUAGAUUAGAAUGAAUGACUGAAGUCACCUGACAAACAUUUUGGAAAUCAGUAAUAUUUAAUUUUACAUUCAAGUCCUCUCAAAGUUUAAUCUCUUGCAUAAUAUACAUAACAUUAUAGCAUUACCUCAUAGAAUGUUUGAGAUGUGCCACAGCAAUAUGUCGUAUUUAGUUAUAAUUUGAAUUAAGUAUUAACGACUAGGUAGUUAACUUAUCAUAAAGAAACCAAAUUAACUGAUAGUUUAAAAAGCUAGUAUUUACUAAACAUUGCACAUUUAAUGGUUUCCCAAACUUUGAAAGGACCAUAGAUAUCUUUUAUGUAGUAUUGCAAUCUUAUCAGAAUUAACAUUGUAUGUUGCUGGACAAUUCUGUUUUAAAAUUGCAACACACGUUCUGUAUUUACAUGUUAACCCUUGAUCCUUGUUAAAACAUUUCCAUGUUGACAAGGACAUUUUUCCUAAAACAAUUCAAACACUUCCAUAUUGAGAAACACAUUUUCCCAAAUAAUUAAAGCAUUUCCAUAUUGACAAGAAUUUUUUGUAAAUAGUUAAAACAUUUCUAUAUUGACAAGAACAUUUUUCUAUUAAUAGUUUAGCAAGAUUUCUAUUUAAAUUAGCAUCUUGAAAACAGGUUUAAGGUCUGUUUGAACUUUCAUUUUUGAUCCUAAUUUAUUUAUUUUUUAUUAAUGUUUGUAUAUGCAACUUGUGUUCAUUUUCUUUAAAUAUUGGUAUAAUUUAGCAUAUGUAUGAUGUGUGAUAUGUGUAUUAAAGUGCUGAGUUUUAUGCUUACCGUAAACCACUGCUGUAGCAGUGGGUCUGAAUAGUCUUUAAAGACAAGCUGUCUUUUAUAGGUACAUAUAAUUUGUAUAUGCAAACAGUAAUGUUAAUGAACCUCAACAGCCUAUUGUUUCAAAAUACAGAAUUGUGGUGUGUCAGAUUCAUUGGGGUAAAAAUGGAAUUAUGUAGAAAGAAUAAGAUGUGGUAUGAUUGCCAAUGAGACAACUCUCCAGUAGAGACUAAAUGACUUAGAAGUUAGCAACUAUAGGUAACUGUACUGCCUUCAACAAUGAGCAAAAACCCAUACCUUAUCUGAAGCUACAAACAGCACCUGGAUGACAUAAUGUUCAAAUAAUUUGAAGGAUAUUAAUCGUAUCAUGAAAAAGGUUGUAUGCAGAACGAGAGAUAUCCAUACAGUAAUCAAAUGUUAAAAAUUUUACAUUGAGGAAUUAAAACUUACUCAAUCCACAAAUAAAUUUUUCUGAAAUUUUUUUCCAUAUUUUUCAUUUAUUUUCACUAAUAUGAAAGGAGUGAGAACAGUAAUUGAGGCUUACAGGUCAAGAAAAGAAAGAUGAUAUUCAUUUGAGGUUUUAGCACAAUUUUUAAUAACAUCAAGAAGCACUGGGCAUUUUAGAAAUGUUUAACAAUUAGGCAGACUAUAUAUAAAUAACAUUCCUUUGACAUAUACAAGUGUGUUCUUUUACCAUAAAUAUAAAUAAAUUUCAUAAAAAUAUUAAACAAUUUACAAUACUUUAA